AUGUCUAACAGACCACUUACAAACAAAGAAAAACACGCUCAAAGAGCGAUAGAUUAUCGCGAAAAAAUGAAGAAAAAGAGAAAAGACACAGAAGAAGAACAUGCCAGACUUCAAAAGAGAUUAGAAGAAGCUGAGAACUCUCGAUUAGAUAUGGCAGACAGAGUCGCAUACAGAAGCGCCGAAGCUAUCGAUGCAAGAGAUAGCAAUAUACAAUUUCGAGAGGACAUAGAAGAUUUGCGAUGGGUUAACAUCGAUAGACAGCAACACCCCCCUUCUCAAAAUCCUGAAGAUGCGCUUGACAUAAAGGAAGACUUGCCGUACAAGUCGGUGGAUGAAUUACCAAAAGGAAGUUUGGUUGGUACUCGAAUCGUUACGAAAUUCUUUGAUUU